GUGGUUUAAAAUUUUUCCGACCAGCCAAACAGUUUGUUGACUUCUUCCAGAAAAUCUCGGAAAUAAAGAAAUGUUGGCCUCUGCGACCUUGGGCCUCUCGAACCUCCCCGCAGCGCCGGCUUCAGCCACCACCGAACCUAAGCCCAAACCUCCUCAACCUUCUCUGGCUCUCGCCACCGGAUCAGGCAACCAAGCCUCCUCCGAGCCUGAGACCGAGCCACCGGCUCGGAAACUGAAGGGCAGUACCCAACUGAACCGCUGGUCCCGGGCUCGCGCCAUUCGUUCCGGCCGGAAGCUGGACCGCCCCACCCUCCGGACCGCCACGGCCUUGGACAUGCCCCCUCCGGUUCGCUCGCCGGAGACUGACUCGCCGCUGUCUUCUCCGUCGUCCGGCGGAAGUGGCGAGGAGGAGGACGAGCCGUCGGCGGCAAAGUCGAUAUACAUGGUUUCCGACGGCACUGGGUGGACGGCGGAGCAUUCCGUGCACGCCGCUUUGGGGCAGUUCGACCACUGCUUGGUCGAUCGGGGGUGCCCCGUAAAUACACACUUGUUGUCUGCGAUUGAUGAUGUGGAUAGGCUAAUGGAGGUUAUAAAGCAAGCGGCUAAAGAAGGUGCGAUGCUGGUGUAUACUCUAGCUGACCCUUCCAUGGCUGAAUCUGCCAAACAAGCUUGCAAGAUAUGGGCUGUCCCAUCAGUGGAUGUAUUGGGACCAAUUACAGAGGCAAUUGCUUCCCAUCUGGGUGUUUUGCCUUCUGGCCUCCCUCGUGGAGCACCAGGUAGAACUUCCCAUCUUAAUGAAGAAUACUUCCAACGGAUUGAAGCUAUUGAAUUUACCAUAAAGCAAGAUGAUGGGGCCUUGCCUCAAAACCUGCACAAGGCUGACAUUAUUCUUGCUGGUGUUUCUCGAACUGGAAAAACACCCCUAUCAACUUAUCUGGCCCACAAAGGAUACAAAGUGGCAAAUGUCCCUAUUGUAAUGAAUGUAGAGUUGCCGAAGACUUUCUUUGAAGUUGAUCCAGGGAAAAUUUUUUGUUUGACCAUAAAUCCUGUUGUCCUUCAAACAAUUAGAAGAGCUAGAGCAAAGAGCUUGGGCCUUAGUGAACAAGUAAGGAAUAACUAUUCAGAGAUGGAUUAUGUCAGAGAGGAAUUGGAUUAUGCUGGCAGGAUUUUUGCACAGAAUCCCGUCUGGCCAGUGAUUGAGGUCACAGCAAAAGCAAUUGAAGAAACAGCAGCAGUUAUACUGAGGCUUUACCAUGAUCGGAGGAACAGGUGCUCAAUGCCAAGAAUCUCAAAACGCUACUAGAGAUGGAUAGUUAUUCGUCUUGAACAUGUUGUGUCAGAUGCUGAGUCUGAAGAGGGAGAGGCAAUAUCGACUCUAGAGUAAGUUAAGUUGCAAGCAAUGAAUUAAUGAAGAGAGUCAUGAGGCAAGCCCUAGCUUCAAUAUCUAUCGCUGCUCCCUUAAUUGAACUUUGUUAAUGACUUUUCAUUUGAAGUGUCAUGGUAAGAUAGCUAUAUUAAGGCUCGAGGAGGUCAUUGGAGUAUACCAUUUCUGCUACAAUAAAAGCUUACUUUCUCUUGUAACUAUGCAUUUCUUUGAUGUUAAGUAUUUUCUAAUGGAAUCUAGCUGCAAUCUGCCAAUUAAGGCAUGUCCAAAUCUAUACGUCUACUGGAUUUUAUAGUUUAGAACUGCUGCAAUAAAAAUGUUGCUGAAAAUAGUGGAGCAAGUGAUAAAGAGUUCAAAGGUCAAUAUACUCUAUGAAAUUUUUAGGUUUACAUUUGGCACUUAUGAUCUGUUGCAGCUAAUGGAUUCCUUUUUUGUUUUUUAUUCUGAGAAUGGAAUCUAUUAUUUGUUAACUAUGUUUGUUUUGGCCAUUAAAAAAAAAAAAAAAAAGUCGCUGUGUUUGUUUUGUUAUACAAUUAUUAUGUCUAUGUUAAUUCUUUGCAUGUGUUGUACAUUGCUUUACAUAAAAUUGUUACAAGAAAUUAAUUCAAUAUCACCUAAACGAGCGGCGCUUGCUUUCAGACUGUGGUGAGAGUGAGACAUUUCUUAACCAAUCCUAGUAGCCUGGUUAAAUAUUUAAACCUUUAAUUAGAAAAAUAGACCAGGUGAGAGAAAAGAAAUAGGAAAAAAUAAAAUAAUAAACAAACUGUUGCUUCAAUUGUAC